AUGUCUGUAGAGCAGCCUUCCUCACUGCCUGACAUGUACAUUGUGUCACGUUCCUGCUUGGUGGAACUGCUGCAAGUGUGUGCUCUGUGCUCAUCAAGGGAGACAAGUGUACAGCUCACUACUAUGGGCUCACUUGCCAGAGCCACAGUCACCUGUGUGAGCGGCCACAGGAGGCAAUGGAACAGCCAGCCCCUUGUGCACGAGAAACCAGCUGGAAAUAUUGCGAUGUGUUCUGCGAUCUUGUUCUCUGGCAGUAGCAUCACCAAGUCACUGCGCCUGUUCGACAUCAUGGGUAUUGCUCGAAUACACCGGAGCCAGUACUUUGAGUACCAGAAAUGCUACUUAUUCCCGGCAAUACAAAAUGUUUGGGAAAAAGAACAGGCAGCAGUGACAGAGAAACUAGAGGGCAGGCCUUUGCAUCUGGCUGGUGAUGCUCGUUGCGAUUCUCCUGGGCACACUGCACUUCAUGGAACAUACACUGUCAUGGAGACAACAGUCAACAGGAUUGUGCACUUUGAAGUUGUUAAGGCAACCACUGUAUCCUCCAGUUAUUGCAUGGAGCAGAAAGGACUGGAGCUGUGCCUUGACUACAUCGCGACUAAGGGGAUGGAGGUGAACACACUUGUGACGGAUAGGCAUUCACAGGUGAAGGCCUUCCUGAGGAACAAGCAUCCACAUAUAAGCCAUCGCUUUGACGUGUGGCAUGUCGCAAAAGGCAUCAAGAAAAAAAUAGCAGCUGUAUCACAGUCUAAGAAGCAUCAGGUGCUGCGACUGUGGUGUGAAAGUAUCAUCCGGCAUCUCUACUGGUGUGCCCGCACCAGCGACAAUGGGGAGCUUCUACUUGCAAAGUGGGAAACAGUCGUGAGGCAUGCCAUCAAUGUCCACAGCCAUCCAAACAGUCUCCACCCAGUCUGUUUCCAUGGUGAUUUGGGUGAAAGAGAAUGGCUUCAUGAAGGGACAGAGACAUACAAGAAGCUUCAUGACAUCCUGCUUGCAAAACAACUUGUCAAGGAUAUUCCCCAAUUGUCAUCUGCUCAGCAAACAUUUGGACUGGAGACCUUCCAUGCAGUGCUCAUUCACUUCGCUCCAAAAUCCUACAGUUUUUCAGACCAAGGAAUGGUUGCAAGGACUGCGCUGGCAGCAUUGCACUAUAAUGCUAAUGCAGAUCGCAUAGCACAGGUUAGGGAUGGUGUCGUGAAGCAUCGUCUGAAGCCCUCCAAAGUGCGGAAGACAUGGAUUGCUGUUCCUGUGAAAGAGGAUGCUUUGUACACGUACACAGAUGAUCUCAAAUCUGCCGUCUACGAGCGCAUUGCCCUUUAUCCCUCCUUCAGAAAGGCGAGAGCAGCUCUGGUGGAAUUAUCCCUGCCUACCAGAAGCAGCAGCUAUGGGGAGAGACCAGAGCUGAGUGAUGUAUUGGAUUCGCAAUACAGCAGGUUUUAGACUUCCAUUGCCAUGAGAACAAAUCAGUCAUAUCACCAUUACCACCUAGCCAAAAAGCAAACAUAUGUAUUAGAGUUGGUAAGGUAGUUUAGUAAAAUAGUCCAGUGUCUUGCAGCUUUGCGUAGGCACACAACUACAAUCAUGAGCACCACCACAGACAACGAAAACUGAUUAAGCUAACACGCCUUCUCAGCGACUUCCAGGGUGCGUCGUCUGA